ACGGACGUCUUCGCUCAAAAUAGAUCCACUCGGGCCGACCGAACGACUUGGAUUAGCGUGGGGGGGUUUAAAUUUAAAACAAGGUAGAAUAUUUUCAGUGUGACAGAAUUAUUUUCACCUUCUUUACAUGAUUGUUUUUGCAGCUUUCAGGCAAGGACUGAUGGAAAAGAGACUUUGUUUGUAUAAUGCUCGUUGAGAAAGAUGAAUCAUGGGAAAGAAGGGCGGGACUUGUGACUUUAGGAUGCCAAAAAGUCAGCUGUUGUGUCACACAGUCUGGCGGCUUUCCUCCCCAUUCUGUGCUGCUGAACGAGGUCGGCGCCGGCAGGCUCCAUGGCUCAAUGGUCGGACCCCUCCUGCAGGGAGAAGGUCCCCGGCACCUGGGGGAAGUCACACUCGGCCGCACGCAACAUGGCGGCGAUGACAGCGAGGACCUUCACACCAUCACAGUGGACAAAAGCGUGGAUGGCAAACUGGGCUUCAGCGUGCGGGGCGGCUGCGAACACGGCCUGAGCAUCUUCGUCAGCAAGGUGGAAGACGCCAGCACAGCAGGUGGGAUGCCGUGGCGGCGUCAGGUGACCUCAGCGUUUUUUUACUCCCUGUUGAUUUGCACAGAGGAAGCCGGUCUGCUGGUGGGCGACAAGCUGGUGGAAGUAAACGGCGUCAGUUUGGAGAGCAUCACCAUGAGCAGCGCCGUCAAGGUCCUGACGGGCAACAACAGGCUGAGGAUGGUGGUGAGGCGCGUGGGCAAGGUGCCCGGGAUACGCUACUCCAAAGAGAAGACCACCUGGGUGGACUUGAUACACAGGCGCAUGGUGGUGGAGGAAAGCGGGCGGACGCCAUCGGAGGCCAGCGCUGGUAGCGCCCUUCGCAGGAUCAUCCACUUGUACACCACCUCCGAUGACUACUGCCUGGGCUUCAACAUCCGUGGCGGGAAGGAGUUUGGUUUGGGCAUUUAUGUCUCCAAGCUGGACCCCGGCGGUCUAGCCGAGCAGAACGGGAUCAAGAUGGGUGACCAAAUCCUGGCUGCCAAUGGUGUGAGCUUUGAGGACAUUAGCCACAGCAACGCCGUGGAGGUCCUGAAGAGCCACACGCACGUCAUGCUGACCAUCAAGGAGGCCGGCCGCUAUCCCGCUUACAAGGAAAUGGUGGCGGAGUACAGAUGGCUCAACAAAUUGGCCAAUGGGGGUCAGAAAUCUUCCUCGCUGGGAUCCGAGUCGAAUUCGUCGGCGUCUUCGCUGUCCUCGGAAACGCCGGUCAGUUCCCUGAGUGGCCUGUCUCAAGUCAUGUUCCCGCCUAGUUUGCCGUUUGCUUCCGACAUGGUGGACGUGUGCAUCUCCACGGAGGACCAGAGGUUUGAGUCAGAGCACAGCGAGGCCGCCAUCCAGACAGACACCACCCGCAGCCGGGGGGCCACCACGCUACUGCGCGACACGGCCAUCCUCCAGGAGGACAACGAGGAUGAAGGCGGUCCUAAGAGGGAGUCCCACAAGACAGCGGUACUGCUGGCCCUCAGCAGACCCAGCCGACCCAUCAGUCGCUCGCAGAGCCAGGUCACCAUAGCAGAAAUCAGCCAAAAAAAGGCCAAAAAGCAGAAAGGAGGUAAAUCCUCAGGGGAAAAGAGCGCACUGCAACGCUCCAAGACGUUGGUCAACUUGCUGUUUGGGGGUGUUCGCAAAAAAGACGCUUCCAGGUCACGCUCCAAGUCACUGUCCACCAACAAAGGUGUGAGUCUUGGAGGAGGGCCGAGCACUGAACCGUUCCCAGAGGAGAUGCUUCGAGCGGUGGAAGAGUUAGCGCAGCGUUUGUUGACAGAGGACGAGACGGAAGCGGUCAUGAAAGCUUGUCGGACGUAUUUGGAUGAAAAGUGUGUGGAGACGUUGAUACGCCACCUGCUGGCCGUACUGGACAGGCCUGAAAAACUGCUGCUGCUCAGGGAGGUCAGGUUGAUGCUUCCUGCUGCUCACCGCCAUGAAUUUAACAGCGCCGUGGAAGCGGUGGAGGUGGAGGCAUACGACAUCCUCAAGUACCGCUCAGUCCGAACGCCGCCUCUUCGCUCGCCCGCAUCCGGCCGAGCGCCCAAACGCCGUCUCAUCACACCCAUCCCAGAUUUGCGAGGAGGCUUCGAGCUGCACAGCGCUGCCAUAGUGGAGAAGCAGAGCCACCUAGCGGACAAGCUGGAGAAACUCAGUCUGUCAGGGCCACGGGCAUCCAGAGAAAGGCGGCGGCGCCCCAACGCCCCCUUCUCGCCAUUGCUAGACAUUCCAGUAGAUGGGUACUGGUUCACAGAGGAGCACAAACACUCGCCUGAAGGUCACCUGAGCCCUAACUGGCUAGUCUCUGAAAACCCUGCCGUCGGAAGCCAAGACGUCUCAGAUUCAGGCCGACGUUCUCCACAAGAGUAUGAACUGCAAACGGUCAGCAUCUCCAAGACUAAGCAGUCGCUGGGCAUCAGCAUAUCCGGCGGCAUAGAGUCCAAGGUCCAACCUGUGGUGAAGGUGGAGAAGAUCUUCCCAGGAGGAGCCGCCUCCACCUGCGAUGUGCUCAAGGCCGGAUUCGAGGUGGUGAGCGUGGACGGCGCUUCGCUGCAAGGAGUCACACACCAGCACGCCGUCGACCUCAUCCGAAAAGCCUUCAGCGAUAAAACCAAAGACCCCAUGGUGCUGGUAGUCAGAGUGCCCCGCCCUGCAAGUCUCCAAAAAGACAUCAUUAGCACAGCCUAGUGGUCAAUGAUGGCCCCAUUUCAGAAACAAAACCACAUUUAACCAUUCAGUGUAACCUUUAAUAAAAACACAAAAUGUACAGCAAGGUGAAAAUAUACAUUUGUAAUUUCUCUAUAUGUGCCGUGGAAGCCCGACAAACAUCUAAUAUGAAACAAGGCCUAGCGAAAACAUUUCUUUGGUCUAUUCACAGUGACCAGUACACUCAGAUUUGUUUACAGUAACAAAACAGCCCAAAGUUGUCAUUUGCUUAAAGUUU